AGCUAGCGCAGCUCGCGACGAGCCCAGUGAGGACCAGGGUCACGCCGAGAGGCCGGAGGGGGCUCCAGGCAGCCUGGAGCUGACGGCGCCGGGCUGCGUCCUCUUCACCUGGGGGUGGGGGGUGGGGGCACCUACUUUGUGACCCAGCUGGUGCCGAGCUCCCUCUACCGUGGGAGCUUGUAGGGGUGCGGGGGUGUGAGUGGCGCUCCGCGGACUCGCGUCUACAGUACAGAGGACAUGCAGGGUUCGGCCGGGGGGCGGCUGCACCGGGGCCUGCCUCGUGGACCUGGACUCGGGACUCCGGGCGGCGCUGCCCGGUGCCAUUGCCUCAGCCACGUCUCCCACCUCUCUGCUCGGUUUCCCGCCCCACCUUUCCCUUACUCCCGCAUCCCUGUCCCCUCGCUUCCCUCCGCGACGCCUCCAUCCGAGUAUGAAACGAAGCUGAACGCAUUGGUAACUGUGCUCAAGAAGAUACAAUCGCGGGAGCCCUCAGGGUGGCGCACGGCGGAGAGGCGACGCGGGUGGCGCUGCAGAGGCGUCCCCACCCCCUCCGGGGACCGGGGCCCCGGAGCCACCAGGCCCGCUGCACGCGGCGGCGCGGGAGAAACCACGGGACAGCAGCGCCCCCUGCAGGUACCGGGCGCCUCCACAGCCGCUGCGCCGACCCUACUCUUAAGGUGGCACCACCGGGUUCCCAGCCCGCGUGCGCGGCUCUCGUGGUCCGCAGCCCGCAGCCCUGGCUCCAUCGCUGCAUUUCCCUCGAGCAGUGGGCCUGACCGUCUGGAACGGCCGGAGUGUGCUAAUCCCUGCUGCUAUCUGCUUGAUCCCUUGACCCUACCCCUGCAGGACUUCGUCCGCGGAUGCCCAGAUAGCGAUUUCGACAGGCGAGAUUGAAAAUUCUCUGCGAGUAUAUGAGGAUGCGUAAGUCUCGCUUCAGGGAGGAACGACCAGAAUGGCAUUUCUUUAAGCCUAAAUCAAACUUUUAUUUUCGUUUAUAAAAAGCAGAAGGCCAGCAGGAAAGGGUCGCGGAGGAUUGGCACUUCCACAACCGUAGGACUCUUGGAUACAAGUUUUUAGGGUGAGACUGGGCGGUCCGGGGUUCUCCUUCGGCGCUCCUAUCUCGCAAACUCGUGGGCAGGUGCGGUGCUAGAGGCCGGGGGCAGCGGCAGACCCGCAGGGUAACCUCGUCUCGCGCACCUCUCGAGCCCCCAGCAGCAGCCCACUCUCGUCCGCAUGCUUUAUUUAUUUGGUGAUACCAGGGAAAGUGGAGAAGAUCGAAGUGCAGUUUUUCUUUUUUCUUUAUUUUUAACUGAAUGGUAUUAAGUUAAUGGUAUGUGUAUGUGAACUUAUGGUAUGUGUAUGUAAAUGGUAUGUGUAUGUGAACCCACAAUCUCUUGGAAAUAAGGGUCCUCAGCGAACUCCAGAUUUCUAGGGGAAACCUACGUACCCAGAGCAGGAAACGCACAAGCCAAUCCAGGUUCCGGUGCCAUCCGCAGUAAAUUCCCUUCCUUUUGCACCAAAUUCCUCCUCUGCUUCCAGGAGAGGGAUCCCCGGGACUCCCGCACACCCAGGACCGGGAGCGGCUGAGCAGAGGGCAGGUGCGAGGGCGCGGGGGAAGGGAGGCUGCCUGCGGACCUGGGGCGCGCAGUUUCCCAGCACCGUGGGAACCUCCAACCCCGGGGCGCUCGACCUAGGCUCCGCCCUGCCAGGCCUGGGGCCCAGCGGCCCACCUAGUGGGUCCUACUUCGGGGAAACCGAGUCCGUGAGCGGGUCUGGCCGCCGCAAGGGAAGCUCGCCUGGGCAAGUGCCGCGCGGGGUCAGACCCUCCCCAGGGGUUGCAAACCGCAAGCGAAAGUCGAGAGGGGCUGGAGCUUUCCCUCUAAUCCGUUUUACACUGUGAAAACCGCAAGCCUGUCGCCCAGGCGGCCACUUUUAAAUUGGGAAGCAAAUAGACGAAAAACCAAAACAAACGUAGGAGCAGACUUUUCCCAGCUAAGUUUCCCCUCAAUAAAAAGCUCGCUUUCUGGGAAAGAGAGAAACUGAUCCGCGCUCACGUUUGCUCUCUUGGAGAUUCUAGGGGCACUGGGGCGCGCAGGACGCGCGGCGACAACCCCAGCGCGCAUGGGGCAGCCUGGACUGUACCCCUCUCACCACCUCCUUCCCAGGCUUCUCCGUGCUUCGCUCUCCACUGGGGUCCCGCCUCUCCACGGGUCACGCCGAGGUUAUAUGCUCCUUGCAAGGGGUCCGUACUCUCGUUUGGCCUGAAAGGCACAUGUUGGCGCUUGAUGUUGGGGCACAGUGUGUGGUGCGCGUUGAUUUGUCUGCUGAUCUGGGUUUCUUCCAAGCACCGUGCAGGAAGUGUAGGGGUUUGGGUCGCCAGUCCAGGGGCUCGGGAAACCUCCAGGCCAACCAGAAGAAACGCUUGCAGAUACCUUUCUAACGUCACAGUUUCCCCCAGGGGAAAAAGCAGAAGUUGCCGGGCACAUCACCCAGCACCCGGGCAAACUCUCCACUUACCUCGCGCCCUGCUAGGGGGUGCUAGGGGCCUUCCAGGAACCCCUAGAUGAGCAAGCAAAGCCGCAAGAAGUGGGGUGGGGAACGCUCACCAGAUAAACCAUGCGCCAGACUUAAUCAGCCUGUAAUGCAUAUUUUAAAUCUAGGCCAGGUGGGCUGAGUCUUGGGAUAGUGAGUGUCUCCUUCCUAUGUUGAUGUAUUAAGGAUUCCAUGUGGACAAUUAUUUUUAGUCAAAUUUGUGGUCCUGGAGAUAGAAAGAGGAAGAGAGAAGAAAGACAGAAGAGCUUUAUUGUUUUUAUGUUAAAGAAAAGAACCUAGCAAAAAAUGCUUGGUUAAAUUGUGGAGAGGAAGGGAAGGAAGGAAAAAUGAAGGCUUUUCUUCUUUGUUCUUUAAAAACCCAAGCACUUUCUUUCAGACUCAAAAUGUAGACAGGCAGUCAGUCUUGAGCAUGUUUUUGCAUUUGAGGAUACUAUUCAUUAAUUCACUUUUAAAGCAUUCACUGAGUUGAGCACAGUUUUAAAAAGGUUCUGUCUCACCCAGAUCCUGUUUGAAGCUCAACUCAUUUUGAUUGAAAGAGAUUUGAGAUAAAAAUUUCAGAAGAGAAAAAUGUGUGUGUACACAUGGACAUAUAUACACAUGUAACAGGGAUUGUAUUCCUUCUAGUCUAAGACAAGAGAUUCUAUGGUAAAUUAUAAAAAAUUAGUUUUUUUUCUAGUGUUGUAUUGUAACCAGAAAGAAGAGUGCUGAACUAUCUGUUUCUCCAUUUCCCAAUAAUAAAUCUCCUAGGAGAGAUAACUUUUUGCAAUUGUGCCCCCACCCACUUUCUCUCUGGCUUGCUUUAUUUCCCACAUAGGAAUACACACGCAGCAGAUACAUCAUGCACAGACUUUUUCUUAAUAUGUAAUCUGUAAAUCUAGGCCCAUAUAGGUUUUCAUUGAAGUUGGGAAACUGUUGAAGACUUACUUUCAUUCUUCACGGUGCUUGCACUUUGCCAAGGAUCUUUGGUAACCAAUAAAGUGAUCAUGUUCACUCUGAA